AUGAAGAGUGUCGGCAUGAAUCAGCAAUUAUUAGUAAGCGAUCUCCUGCACUCCAGAGCCCACGAGCUUCAACAGCUUCAAGACAAGGUGCACACGAUGACGGAGGCGUUAUAUGAUCUGAUGUUCGCUCGCGAGGAGUUUGAAGAGACGCUUAUACGAGAAGCCGAGGCCAUCAACGAGCUGACUGCAAGCGUCGGAGAGACUCGGGGCUACACUUCAUCACAUGGAGCUCUGCUGUGGCAAAUGACCACGCUACUACGGCGUGAUCCUUCAGGGCAGUCAUGCGGUGGCAAAUGAUUAAUUAUCGGAUGUUCCGAGUGUGUAUGAGAAAUGCAGUUUUUUCUUUUCUUUAA